AUGGACGAGAUAGAGCGCCAGCGACGUCGCUUCGCCCCUGCUGAGUUUCUUCUAUUUGCCGACGAUUAUCAUACUGACCAAACCUUCGAUAUCGACCAAAUUGAAGGCUUCGCGGAACACCAGGACGAUCAAUUCAUUGACCAUGCUGACACUUUUCGCCGAAAUAAGGCUAGAUAUUCCCCUCCCGCAAGCCCUCGCGACCGUCCUUCUAGUGCUCCCGAGCUUAAUCCUUACCUCCCACUAAUUAGCGAUAGUCUUUUCAGAUACCUUCAACACAGAUAUAAAGGAGUGGAGGCACAAAUUGAAGGGGGGGGUGUACGGGAUUUGCAGGCACCACCACCUAUUCCUGUACGGGUGGGCUUAGAUGUGAAUAAUAAGGCCUUAGAUACUGUAUCCUUUGGUCCUACAUCGACCCUUUAUGAUCAGGAUAAAGUGUCUUUACACCCUUCGGACCCUAUUCCACAGGCCAUUUCACCAGUCGUUCCACCCCAUCCGGAUAUUUUUAUUCGACGGUCGGAACGCCUUGCAGCGAAGCAUGCCCUUGAAACUCAUGAGCUUUAG